AUGUCAGCACCGCCGCCGCCCAACGGUCCCCCCCAAGGCGGCAUUCCCAUGCCAAUGCCUGGCCAGCGUCCCACGCCCGAGCAGAUUGCUGAGAUUCAGCGACGGGUCGCUGAGGAUGCUGAAAAGGCCGGAAUGACUGUUCCCGAAUUCAUUGAGCACAUCAAAAAACAGGCGAUGGAGCAGCAACGAAUGCGCAUGAUGCAGCAGCAGCAGGCUGAGGCAGGCGAACAUGUUCAUGGAGAACACUGCAACCAUGAUCACGGCGACGGACACCACCAUCACAAUCACCAGCAAGGACAGCCUCAGCCAAUUGUUCCUGGUCCACCAAACCCCAAGGCUCUAGCACUAGCCAAGUUCUUGAAAAGCCAGGACCUUAAACCUCGUACGAGUAUUCUGAAUGGAGAGCGAAAGGAUAUGUUUAGAGUCAAGCGAGCACUACGAGCCCUACAAACCCCAGCGUACGAAAAAGCACGAAAGAAGAACCCUCUCCUACCCGAAAUCACAGACCGGGCAUCGCUCGAGAAUGCCUUCAAACUCCUCCCAUUAAGCAUGCUUGCUCUGAGAGUCAGCAAGAUUGAACCCGAGGAAGGACCCAAUGGCAAGAAACCCAAGAGAACAAAGGGCCAAUGGAACGUUCGCAUUGAGCAACAGCAGGAUGCCGGUGACGACAUGUACUACGUGUGGCUAUGGGAAGGCAGCCAAGUGAAGCGCCAGCUGUAUGCCGCUUUGGCGCUGGUUCUGAUCUUCAUCAUAGUCCUCUAUCCCCUGUGGCCACUGAAGCUGCGACAGGGUGUCUACUACCUUAGUUGGGGUCUUCUUGGCCUCCUGGGUCUGUUCUUUCUCAUGGCCAUCUUCCGAGUCAUCCUCUUCUGCGUUACAUACUUUGCUGUGCCUCCCGGUCUCUGGCUGUAUCCCAACCUUUGGGAAGAUGUGUCGUUUAUGGACAGUUUCCGACCUGUUUGGGCCUGGCAUGAGUCUGCCGCCGACAAGAAGAAGAAGAAGAAGGCUAAAUCCGCAGCCCGCGCUUCGGCCAAAGUGCCUAAUAAUGCCUUUGCCGCUUCGACUGGUCAGAUAGCACCAACUACUGCGACAACCACGGGCACUGAUACCCAGAUUAAUGUUGGCAAUGUCCAGCAACGGCACUACGAAGCUCCCAAGGUUGAGGAGCUUGCUGACGACGAGUAA